AUGGCUUCUUCAUCGAUCUCUCCUCUCCCCCUCACGCGCCCGUCCGUGCAAGCUGCAUAUGAGGCGAUCAAAUCCCGCAUACACCGAACCCCCAUCUUCACCUCGUCCUCUCUCUCUGCCUCUCUUCCCGGGCGCAACACUCUGUACUUCAAAGCGGAGAACCUGCAGAAGGGUGGGGCCUUCAAGUUCAGAGGAGCCAGUUACAGCCUUGAAUGCUUGAAAGAGGACGAGCUCGCGCGGGGCGUGUGUACGCAUAGUUCAGGGAACCAUGCCGGCGCGCUGGCGCUCGCUGCGCAAGAGCGAGGCGUAAAGUGCUACGUCGUCAUGCCAAACAACUCCUCACAGCCCAAGAUCGCCGCGGUACGCUCAUAUGGUGCCGAAAUCACCUUUUGCGAGCCUAAUGCACGUGCACGGGCGGACACGCUUGCGGCCGUCCAAUCGCGCACGGGUGCGACCUUCGUCCCGCCAUACGAUGCGGCGAAUACGAUCCUUGGGCAGGGUACGGCUCUGCUGGAGCUGCUGGAGCGGGCACCUGAGCCGCUUGCGGCGGUUAUUACGCCUGUCGGUGGUGGUGGUCUACUUGCGGGCACUGCGCUAGCCGCAGACGGCACCGGCGUCAGGGUAUUCGGUGCGGAGCCUGCGGGUGCAGAUGACUGUGCGCAAGGUCUGAGUGAGGGGAGGCGUAGGGAGGACGUACAAGCCAAUACGAUUGCGGACGGGCUCCGCACGCCCGUCGGCGUGCUCAACUUCCCCAUUAUACAGGAUAAGGUCGAGCGAGUAAUCGUGGUAUCUGAUGAGGAGAUAACAGAGGCGAUGCGCUUGAUGUGGGAGCGGUUGAAGCUCGUCGUAGAACCAAGCGGGGCGACGGCGUUUGCUGCAGUCCGGAGCGCAGCGUUCCAAGAACUGGGUAUCACAGGCCCAGUGGGGAUCAUCAUCAGCGGCGGCAACCUCGACCUGUCGAAGCCGCUGCCUUGGUGCUGA